AUGAACAAGGCUCAAAAGUCCUGGGUGAGGGAGUCAAAAAGAAAUGAAUGUGUUGAAGAGAAAAAUCCACCGUAUGGAAGUUAUGGUUAUGGUUCUUAUAAGGGUGGCAACGGAAGCCUCUCUGUAAUGAUGAUUGGUAACAGUUAUGUUUUGAACUUCCGAGAAGCAAUUAGGGAGCAUUUUAAUUAUAAUUACUCCUCUUUUCGGUUUAGCUCUGUUUCAGGAGGAGUAGGUUUCUAUGCAGACUCUCCUCAAUCCAGAGCAGCUUUAGAGUUCUCUAGACAACAAGUAGAGAAAUACAAACCUGAUGUGCUUUUCAUAGUUGCCAGAUACCUUGAAUCGGUUAGAGCACCCAUUCAAGAGGAUGAUGAGCUAUUGCACCAGAUGAAUGAGAAUAUAAGAUUUUAUGAGCAAUUUGUGAAGAAAAUUUAUAUCCUGGGAUCGCACCCAUUAUAUAAACUGAGUUUUAUGAAUAUAUUCUUACAAACUAUCAUGAAUCGCCCGGAGGACUUGGAAUCUUUGCACUUGGACCGGCGAGAAGCUGAUCAUCUCAUGCGAAACGUAAAAAAACGGUUUAGUAUGGUGAAAUGUACCAAGUGUCAGUUUUUCAACUUGAGUCAUGUGUUUUUGGAAAACGACAAAUAUCUAACUUUUGAUCGAGAUGAGAUGCUCUCGUAUGUGGACAAUACCAUUCAUCUGACUAGUGCGGGAUUGAAAUUGUGUGAGCCGGUUUUGAAGAGAGUUGUCAAGGAAGUUAUGGAUGGCUUAUAA